UGUAAAAGAGUUUUGCCACGGCAUACAUAAUCGUUACGUUUGCGUGUAUUGUAAAGUUUAAAGAAUUGUCUUUAUUUAUAAAUUUUUUUUUACAAUUUUUUUAGUUUUUUAUUUAAAAAAUUCUUAUUGUUAUUAAUUAAUUAUGGCUACAUCGCUAAAUGAUCCAAGUCAAGAAGAGACGGCACAAAUUUUAGCCAAACUUCGUUCCAACAAUGCCAACAAAACUUGUUUUGAUUGUGGUAGCAAAAAUCCAUCCUGGGCAAGUGUAACCUAUGGUAUUUUUAUUUGCAUUGAUUGUUCGGCAAUCCACCGGUCAUUAGGAGUUCAUUUAUCAUUUGUUCGAUCGACAAUGCUUGACGCAAGUUGGUCUUUAUCACAAUUAAGAGCUAUGCAACUAGGUGGCAAUGCAAAUGCUCAAGCAUUUUUUCAAAAUCAUAAUUGUAAUAUCAAAGAUGUACAUCAAAAAUACAGCAGUCGUGCUGCUCAAUUAUAUCGAGAUAAAUUAGCCGGACUGGUAGCAAAUUCUAUUAAAGUUUAUGGGGAUACAAUUGAAAUUCCAACUUCUAAAUCCGAAUCUAUUAGACAUGAUUCCAUGGAAGAUGAAUCAACGAAAGAUUUUUUUGAAGAAGCAUCAAACGCUGCUUUAUCACAUUCGAAUCUACAUAGUGGUGAUGUAUUUUUAUCGGACAGAAAAUCACCAAAUAUCAAAUCAUCUACUGAAGGGCCCAAUGUUAAUCUAAGUUCGAUUGAUUCGGGUGCCAAAUUAAGUGAAUAUAAAUCAACCGUAAUUGGAAAAAAAUCUUCAUCUAAUCGGAAACCCGUUAAAAAAGGUUUUGGUGCUCAAAAGGUACAAACUGAUUGGGAUAAAGUCGAACAAGAAGCAUUGCAAACUGAACAGAUGAAGAACAAAUCUGUUAGUGAUGAUUCUUCGACAAAAUUGACAGCGGAGGAACAAGAAGAGAAGUUAAAUUCCAUACGAUUGGCUUAUAAAGAAAAACAAAAACAAGUUGAAAAUAAACUGAAAUCCGAUCCGAAUAAAAUCUCUCAAAUUGAACGACUUGGUAUGGGUUUUGCCAAUUCAGGUCGAACAAAUAAAUCACAUUCUGCAGUAUCCGAUAUGACAGUUAUUGAACAAGGCACUAAUCCUGUUGUUACUUCGUCAAAAUCGAAGAUUGACACAAUCACCGAUCUAGGAUUCUCGUCAUCAUCAACAACAUCGUCUAAUAAUCGAUACAAAGAUUUUGUCAAAUCGAAUGACGAUUUCUGGAGUGAUAAUGGAUUAUUGACUGAUAAUGGUAAAAAAGUGAAAAAACCACAAGUAUUUGACACUAUACAGACAAUCGAUUUAAAUGUAAAGAAUAAGAAUAAACCAAAGCCUAUUGAAGAAUCAAAUAAUACACAUUCAAAUAAGAAUGGUGGUAGAACUACAUCAUCUUCAUCAUAUUCAUCAUCUUCAAAUGAUGCGCAGAAAAAAUUUGCUAACGCAAAAGCAAUUUCCUCGGAACAAUAUUUUGGUGGUGAUCAAUCUAAUCUUGAUUCUAGAUCUACUGGUCGAUUCGAAGGCUCAACAAGUAUAAGUUCUGAUGAUUAUUUUAACCGUAAAACGGUACCGAAUCAUUCGAUUUCAUCGAACUUUAAUUCAACUGCUAUGUAUGAUCUAAAAGAAGGUGUUAGGGAUAAUGUUUCACGGUUAGCUGGUCGUUUAUCAAAUCUGGCUACAGAUGUUGUCAAAUCUAUCAACAAAAUGGAUAUCAUGCAAGGUUAAAUCUAAUAAAAAACAAAAA